AUGGCCUCAGAUACUAAGGCACUUGACUUGGUGACAGGAAACACAAGUGGGUCUGUCUCACCACGAAGUAUUAUGCUUGUGAAAUUGCAGGUCUCUGCUGCUGCUUUAGCUUACAUUGUUCAUAGAAAUCCUGGUCUGAAAAGUUUGAAAGCAAUAGGGUGUAGGAAUUUGUUUCAGCAGGAAAGUACAACUGAAGUCGUAGAAUCUCCUACUUUCUCAUAUCCAUGCAAAGAAUUCUAUUUUGAGCUAGGCAAGUCCUGCCAAUUGGAAGAAAUCUCACUUGGAUGGGGAUUUUCAUUAUCUUAUAUGACAGCUGUAAAACCUGCUAUUGCAAUGCUAAGGGCAAUAACUUUGGGUUUAGGUGGGUCGUUAGGUGAAGAAGGCCUGACACUUCUACCCACAACUUGUCCGUUGCUAGAGUCAGUAAUUCUUUAUUUUCAGGUAAUAUCGGAUUCUGUAGUAGCAAAUAUUACUGAAACCUUGAGGCACUUGCAAGUAUUGGCACUCUGCUACUGUUUUGGUGAGACAUCCUCACUAAGCUUUAAGUGCCAUAUGCCAAAUUUGAGGAAAUUGAAACUUGAAAGAGUGGCGCCAUGGAUGAACAAUGAUGAUUUGGUUAUUUUGGCUCAGAAUUGUACGAAUUUGAUUGAGCUUUCCUUGCUAGGAUGCACACUUCUUAACACAGAAUCCCAAGAUAUCAUUUCAAGGGGUUGGCCAGGCUUGGUUUCUAUACGUCUAGAGGACUGUGGAGAAGUGACGAUCAGUGGUGUUACCUCACUUUUUGACUGUUCAGCCCUUGAGGAUCUGUUACUGCGUCAUAAUGGUGAUGGAAUUUCAAGAAAUUUUAUUCUUGACGCUGCCUCAAAGAUGCCAAUGCUUCGAAAAGUGUCACUUGAUAUGUGCGAUUCAAGGGAUGGUGACUUUGACAUUCCAACUUAUGCUGACAGGUACUUCUUGAGUGUGGUGAAGAUAGCAAGAUGUAAGCUUCAAAGGUUCACCUUAGACCUCCAAAAGGUGGAGGCUCGCAGAAAGCCAGUGCAUAAGGAGACCUUACUACUCGUGUGGGACAGCAAAGUUCUCACAAGAACAGUGGUGAAGGAAAGAGUAUAGGAUUUAAAAGUGAAAUGAAGUCCUGAUCUAGUGGCUCUGCAGUGUAUUAUGCCCACUGGUGGUUUUAUCAAGUAGCAGAUUUGAGUUCCUCACUUGCAAUGCAUGGAAUAGGGAUGUGUCAAACAGAUGUAUCUAAUAAAUAGCCAAUCGACUAUUAAAAAGCAGAAUUAGUAACUUUUAAACGAAUUUUCAAGUUGAUGAGAUUGGUUGAGUGGUCUCGGUUGGAGAUGGGAUUGCAUGUGUUUAUGGAUUGAAUGAGGAGAAUCGAAUCGCAUAGCUAUAUUGAAGCUAGUGGGAGAGACCUUUCCCGGGAAGGCUCCAUAAAUCUCUAUUUCUUUUCUCAUCAAAGUUAGACCGAUUAGACUUUCAUUUUGAUUCACUGAUUUGAAACUGGGAACUUGUUUUCUUAUUGAUUAUAGGGUGGUGGUGUUUUUGAAUGAAGUCUAUCCGAACCGA